AGUUCUACUCAAUCACUUUAUAAGACGCUGUAUAAGAAUAUUAUCGUCGCAUUAUAACAUUAUAUAAAAAUUAUAAGAUAUAUAUAAUUUACGAAGAUACAUAUAUCUUUAGAUAUGACUUUAAUUUUGCGAACUUUUAUGGCUACUCAGAAGUUUUUGUACAAGGACUUCAACAACUUGGGACGUACCCUAACCUGUGUCGCAUACAACGAUUGUAAUCCAAAGCGAUCUCCUGUGGUUUAUAACGCGAGAUGCUUUUCGACGAAUAACCACGAAGCUCCUAAGAAAAUAAUUGAAAUCUAUUAUGGAAGUCUAACAAAACGAAUUAGAGGUCUCAAGAUUUUUUCUCUAUUAACUUCUGCAGGUAGUUUAUCGUUUCAACCGUUUGUUUUCACAAAAGCUGUGGAGAGUGGUAACACAGGAGCUGUCAUAGGAAUAUUUGCAACCAUCACCUUUUUUGCUGUGACUACUCCUGUAUUAUUGCAUUGGGUGACUAAAAAAUAUGUAACAUACAUGUAUUAUAUCCCGGAUGAAGACAAAUACAUUGCAAAUACUUACACUUUGCUUGCUCGAACAAAAAAGAUUAAAUUUAUACCAAAAGAUGUAGUUGUACCAGAUGUAACUGGCAUGUUCACAAAUUGCAUCAUAAAGGGUAUACCCUUGUUCUUAGAGCAGAAAUUUUUCCAUGAUCACAGUCAUUACAUUAGGAUAAUGGGAUAUGAUAAACCAGUAGAUUUUAAAUUAGGUAACAAUAAUACUAACAGUGCUGAUGAGACAGUCACGAUAAAUACAGAAAAUCAAGAUAAUGUAAAUAAAAAGUAAUAAUUGAGAUUAUUAUAUUAACAUGACAGAUAUUAUCCAAAAGCAUUUUUUUUAUUUAUUUUAUAGAUUUCUUCUUACAUGAAAAACUUUAUACAUCUUUGAAUGUUCUCUUCCCUUUCUACAAAUUAUUAAUUACAAAAUAUGUACAUUGUAAUGCUAUAUGGAAACUGUGUACUGAGAAAUACAGUACUAGGAUUGUUAAGAUA